AUGCGGCGUGGAUUUCUCAACAGCUCCAAAGCGAAAAUUCGAUCUCUAUCCACUCAGAAUCAAAAUAAUGGCGAGAUUCCGAUUCCUGUAGAUGCUGAUGCUCCUCAAACUGUACAAAAUCAUGACACUGGUUUUCUUCGCACUGCAGCACCCCCAGAGGGCUUUAAGCUGCAGGAAAUGGUGGCCAAAAAAUCGGACGCACUUAAAACUGAUUAUUCUAAGGAUGCAAUAGUAGUGACCACCAUCCCUUCUGUAAUCUACGGGGAUCCGCCUGAUCCUGACGGAAACAGUGAAUGGAUCGUCAUGGGCCCGACCAAGCAACUUGUCUUGAAAGCGCCGGGAUAUCCACGUGCUGUACCCAAAACGACUGGCUUACCAGCGUAUGAGGUGCGCUUGACGCAGGACAUGGGAUUUGGAAUUUUUGCCACUCGUGAUAUCGAAGUGGGCGAACUGAUUUUCGCUGAACGACCACUGCUCGUCAUGCCGGUGAAUUUCAAGUUACUUGCUGCGGAUGUACCUCUCCCAGAUAAUUUUGAGGAUAUUCAUGCCACUCAGAUGGCGAUAUUGUUGCAGAGCGAGAAGGUUAUUGAAUAUGCAGUGGCCAGGAUGACUCCAGGGAAUCAGGAAGCGUUCAAGGCGCUUGCGAAUAUGCAUACAGAGGACGGGAGUGGGCCGCUCGCGGGUAUUGUCCGCACAAAUGGAUAUCUUAUUGAUUCCCUCUACGAUGGCGAAAAACUAGUUGACCCGCAACAGAAUGGCUAUAUUGGGUUUAGGGCAUCACGAGACAUUGAGGCCGGAGAACAGCUUUUCUACGGGUAUUGCGACGAUGCUCUCACUGCAGUUGAGCGAAAGGCCAAACUCGCGCGGUACGCCGUUGUUUGCUCGUGUGCUGCAUGCAUCCACGCGACGCCGCAGACCGACCGAUUGCGGCAAGAGUACGAAGGUCUCAUCGACGGGCUCCAUAACCAUUUGAAAACCUUUCCCGAAGACAAAACCUUCGAUAACUCUGCUCUUGAACGGCUCUUGGAAAUCCAGAAGAUGUUAAUCAAGGAGGGUUUGCAUGGAACGAAGAAGUACGGGCUCUUUCUCGGGGUGUUGUCGCGUCUGUAUUUGAAGCUGGGUCAGUACGAUAAGGCUGAGGUUUGUUUGAAGAAGCUUAAGGGGUAUCAUAAUCUUUCGUACGUUGACUGA